AUGGAACCCUACAAUCCUUUCUAUCACAAUUGGGUGAACGCUGCGCCGGAGAUAGGUUUCAGUGAAAAACUUCCAUUUGGCUACGAUCAGGUGUUCGCUCCGUGGGCAACUCGCCGAUAUCCGCUCUCCAUUCAAGGACUACAUGAAGAGCUAAUCGAUGUGUAUAAUUGGUUGCGACCGAGCCAGAUUGAGACCAAAAUUCGAUAUCAAGUCUUCGAGAAGGUGACCAAGACGAUCAGCGAACGUUGGGCCAACUUGGAUGGUCUUCGUGUUUCCGUUUUCGGGAGUCUUCGAACGAAACUUUUCCUUCCCAGCUCCGAUAUUGAUGUGCUUGUCGAAUAUGAAGCGAAUGAGCAAACGGAGCCUGCAAAUGAAAUUAUUAAAGCCACCGCCGCGACAUUCUUGCACAACAACGGGUUUACCGAUGUUUCGACGCUUACCGACACUCCAGUGCCGAUCAUAAAGGUUGUCGACAAAGACACGAAGAUUAGCAUCGACAUCUCUUUCAACACCCAACAGGGUGUUCGCGCGGCUGAGCAUUUCGAGAAGGUGAGAGACGAAUUCCCAUCGCUCGAGCCACUGGUGUUCUUCCUGAAGCAAUAUUUGAGCGAGCGACUUCUCAAUUACACAUUUCGUGGUGGCCUCUCUUCGUAUGGAUUGAUUUUGAUGACAAACUAUGAUCAUUUGCGCUACUUGGGCUACGAGGAUCCACGGGUCAAUUUGGGAAUCUUGUUGUUGCGAUUUCUUGAGAUUUUCGCUCUCGAGUUCAACUAUUCGGAUCUAGAGAUUAAGGUGAAAGAGAAACAGUAUGUGCGCAAAUCGGAAGAGGUGGCUGAUCGAAAUAAUUACUUGAGCAUCGAGGAUCCAUUGUUGGCAGGCAACGAUGUUGGCCGUUCCACGUACAAUAUCCAGAGUGUUCGAUUCGCCUUUGAGAAAGCGCUCAUCUCGUUGAAAUCUGUGCUUAUACCUGAUCGUCCCAUCUCGGCACGUUGGAAAAGCCACUAUCGCGGUUCGAUUCUUGGAAAUUUAUUAACUUUUAAACAGGAGCAGAUCGAGUAUCGAUUGUGGUUAAAGGGAUUUACGUUGAAAUGGGUGGGAACAGAGCCUCGAACUGCUGAAAACGAUUCGGCUCUUCUAUUAGUGCCGCCAUUGGAUUUGGACUAUGUUAAAAGAUUACUUGAUUACAUGAAGUUGUCGAAGCGAAUCAAUAUCGUCCAUCCGGCGGAAGCACUCAAAACGAACAGCACGCCGGUGUUAUUUGUGCACACGGAGGCGUCGGGCUUUUGUUCAAGUUCCUCAAUAACGGAUAGAAGUGAAAACGAGGGAAAUAUUUCGAUGGAAACGAUCGAACUACCGACUCGCCAAGAGGAAUUGAGCGAUUCGGGAGAAAUUCGGAAACCGGAUGAUGGUGAUUUGAGCAGCGAUGGAUGGGAAGAUGUGAAAAUGAGAAAGCAGAAUAAAAAGAUCUCUCAAAAAUGCCACUCGAAUGUUCGUUUC